UAAGCGACUGUGUUGCUUAUAUUAGCUAUGCUCCAUAAAUUUGCUGUUCGUCUCAUAAAACGUGUUGGUCUUUUAACGAGAUAUUAUGCGGGUGGUGUGUAUGUUUUAAUGGCCCUUUAUGAAUCUGCAGAGGAUUUGAAAUGGAGCUCGAGACCUGCCAGGGAGAUGAUUUCCUUUUGAACGUAGAUAACAGGCGUUAAUACCCGCAAAUGGCAUUGACGCAGCAUUGGCAUGCGCCACCAAAGCAUUCACAAUUCCAAUUUGUGUGUGUUUUUUUUGUUUAAUAUCAUCAGCUUAAAAUAUUUCUAAUAACAAUAACAAUAAUUCAAUGUUGCAUGCGCUUGCUUGUUUGCACGCGCGUGCAUGUGUGUGUAGAUAUAUAUAUUCUAACUGAAAAUAGUGUUCAGCGUGGAAUGGCCGGGUGUAAAUUACGGCGCACACGCUGACAGACUCAACAAUAAAUGCCCCAUCUCUGCUGCGGCAGAUUUAAGUAAGGCUAUAGAGCUGCAUGGCCAGCAUUAACUCAGGCUUGCUGCAAUGCGGGAGCGGCUGCGUCACGCACGGGUCGUUUGUCUGCCAGCCGAGCCGAAAUUACCCCCAGACAGCCAUUAUAUCUGCAGCCAGCCCAGGGAUUCGCCGGGAAAGGUCACGGCGAGAUUUCAGCGGCAGAAAUUGCAGCCAUCAAACUGAUUGCCUGUCAUAGCGGCCGCGUUAAUUCAGCCGGGAGAAAAAAAAAGUCGGGCUCAUCUCUCUCAAAAGCGUUUGCUCGCUCUGUCCCAGCGUUCAUCUGUCCGUCUCUCACCAUUUUUCCCCUCCUCUUUUUCUCUGGUGUACGCUCAGUGAUUUAUUUAUUUAUAUAUAGCAUUCUCACCCUUUGUAUUCAAUGUCUUGGGGGUAAUUUUCUCUUAACUAUACGUGCAUUUAAUCUCCGUAAAUUCCAUUGCCUUUCUGUAGGGGUUUUUCUUCUCUGUUGGAAAUGAAAAAAAAUAACAAUGCCCACCACAAUGCUACGUGUAAAAAAAUCUAAGAUUAUUAAAAAAGCAGGGCUGUAUGCUGUAGCCAUCACCUUUCCCUUUGAUAUGUAUUUUUUGUCUUUUGCAAUGCGAGACGCCCCAGUUUGGUGUGCCGCCGGUAUUAGUGAGGAGGAACGAGCAGGAGGCGGCAUGACGGAGUGCGGCAAGCGGCUCUGUCCCGAGCCAUGUGCGAGGCCGCGUGGCUCGAUGUGGCUCGGUAGCUGUGACCGAUGUGGAGCCGUGCCGCGUAAUUUAAUCAGAACGCGGAGGAGAAAUGCGGCCGCCGCCGCCUCAACAUCUCAGAGUUAGAAAAUGGCGGCCGUGACGAGCAGCCUCCCCGCGCUUGGCUGAUGGUGCUGAGGGAGCCCAUCCUCCUUCAAAUACGUGCGACGUUAAAAGCUUUUAAAAGAAAGAAGCUGACAUAAUCCUUGACCCACGUUCGACACAAUUGGGAAAAUGAUGCCUUGCAUCCUUCCACUCCAGCGUGUCCUGCCUGUUAUUAAUUUUUUUACACAUUUUUUUUUACAGAUUUGCGAUGUAGGUGAGCUUACAGGACAGGGAUGCGGCGGUGUUGUUUCCAGGAGCCGCAAGCAGAAACACUGGUUGUUAUAUUUACCUGUUCCGUGUAUCGAGUGAAGGCGGACUGCUCGCCACGUACAGAAGGCAGUGGUUGUUACAAGCAAAGCCCUCCUUUUUCUGCGGGGGGAAAUAGCCUCGCAGUGUUCACGAUCCAGACUGUAUUUUUACCACGCAGAGAUGUGAAGUUUGGCCUUGGGAACCCUUGUUGAAGUGUUAAAUUGCUAAAAAAUAAAGCGGGUUGCAUGUGUGCGAUGAACCUGCAGUCGGAAGAGAGGCUUUUAGCGCGAGACGAAUGGCUCGCUGUUAUUGCCAGCAGACGCGAUCGCUGCCGGAGAGUUCAUCCUUCUUGCAUUAAUUCCCAGCCGGGCGGGCCCUGCCUAUUGACCAGUGUCGAGGCCUUGCAGUCGAUUAGCAGAAUUGAUGGGAUUGAUCGCCUCUCUCUGUGCAUAACCCCUUCCAAACCGGGCGCUACCGUCUGGGCCCGAGCCAGAAACCUGGCUGCUCGGUGUGGCUUUUCAAAUUCUGGCUGCGGCGUCAGUGUGGCACCCACACCACUGCAGCGCGGUCAUAAUGCCAAGCUGCCAGGAGGGGCCUGUAACGGUGUUUCAAGCAAAAACCGGCGCUCUCCCCUCCUUGGUGGGACAGGCCGGCUGGCUGAGCGGCAGCCAGAGCGGCGAUUUGCUGCUCAAGGCGGAGCUGCAGCGCCCCGAAGAACGCGUCCCAACGUCUGCAGCGAGAGCUGCCCGGCCUGCAGGAGAAGUGGGACAUGCCGCAGACCGAGAACCUCUGGAGCGGAAGGGCAGCAAAUCAUAACAUUGCUACAGAACGACGUUCAAGAGCAGGGAGGAGGAGGUGGAGAAGCAGAGGGUAGGCGUGGAACCACUGGCCACCGAGCUGCUGGAGACUCGGGCCCUGCACCAGCAGUGCAGCCAGCAGGAGAAGCUUCCCCCUCCCCUCGCUCUCUACCUUCACCACCCCUGAACUCCUCCACCCCGCUCCCCGACAUGGCCUGUGUGCGGUGUGCGUCUCGGUGGAGGAGGCCGAGAGUUGGCUCACCCAGCCGGAGAUGGGGGAGACCUUGGCCAUGCGAACCAACAACCAGGAGCUUCAAACCAGCCCCCGGGUUUGCCCAGGCACAGAUGGCGCUGGCGCAGGAGCUGGCGGAGAGCCACAAUGCACGCCAGUCACCGAAGGCCGAGUGGUGCCAGCUGCAGGAGCGCCUGUGCGAUGCCGUGGCGCAGCUCGCCUUGCUGCGCAAGGACCAUCCUCCGCAACCUGGACACCGACGUUCGGCUGGCGAACCCCGUGGCAAGUCUCCCUAGCCGUCGCGACCCACGCGGGUCACCCCGGCCAUCGCGACCUUGACACAUCCCCUCCUCCCACUACGACCUCACCAGACCCCUCGACCAUUAUGACUCUCCCACACCAUUACCAUCCUUACAAGCCUCUCUGACCGUCGCGACCUUUACAAGUGUCCCUGACCAUCGCGACCCUGACAAGUUACCCCAUCCAUUGUAAGUCUGCCCAACGCUUGUAGCUGCUCCCAUCCCUUACGCGGUCUCGCCGUCACCUCCAUGACCCCGAAUACGACUCCCAUAACCUCUAAAACUGCUCGGCGCUCCGCGCGUGACCGCGUUGAUGCUUUUUUUUGGAGCUUUGGUGUCAAUCUCGCCAAGCCUCUUUCGAAACAACGGCGAGUGACCGGCUUGGCGCAGCGUCCCAAUGCGGCCGCGCCUCGAGACACGAAGGGCAGCCCUGUGGUAUCAAGUAUUGUUGUUUUUUUCCAAUUUUUGUAAUUAUUAUGUUUUUACUACACCAACAUGUGAGCCUGGCAUACUACACCGAGAGGUUCCAACAAUAAGAUCGAGAAAAAAAAAUCCGCGGACAUCCAUUCCGACGUGCAAUGGAACCACAUGAAAGGGGGCGGAACGAAGGGGAAUAGGGCCCUGAUGCUCCAACCAGGCGAGGACCUCGCGUAAUCCUAUUUAGUUUAUGCUCGUUUGUUGGUGAACUUUUUUUAUACCGCGUUUUUGUUGACCGUUGAGUUUGGUCUGCGAUCACUUUCUGACUGAGUGAUCGUCGCGAAGGCCCACCCCACCCCCCCCGCUGUCUUCUGGCGACGCGAGACGAACUGCACGGGAGGCUUAGUGGCCUAGAUAAUGUACGACGGCGAUGGGAAUGACACAGGGCUAUGUCUUCAUUGGGAACACAAUGUGCUUCAUUGUUACAGGUCGGGACUGUCAACUUGUAGCAGAGGCCCUGCCCAAUGGGUUUUUCAAAGGGGUUAGUGGAGACAUUUGACUGAAGAGCCACAGUGUUACAUUCGUAUAAAAUUCAAACAGCGCGUAUCACAGAUAGACGGCCUACGCGGCGUGUAUAUCACGGUGUGUAUACAUGUAAACUACUAAUUUGCCCCCUGUAGAAGCGAUGAUGGCUGUGUUGGAAGUAUAGUUACUUUAUAUUAUCCUUAGAUUAAUUACAAUUUUUUUUUUUAAAGUACGGUCUUUUUUGUCCGGCUGUGACACCGACCCUAGUUCAGUGACCGCAGGAGUCAGCGGAUGCGCAUGCCCUUUGUCUCCAGCAGCAGAGCAUCUUUGUCUCUGUAGGGCGCUACGAAGGCGCCGAUUCAGAUCCAUGAAGACAAACCGUUAAUUGUACGCGGGAAUGUAGCCUUUAAUAUGGACGGGAUUGCCAGGUGUUGUAGGCAUGGGGCUCCAAAGGUGGCCAAGAGAUGGCGAUGUUGAGCAGUACCCCCUGGUACAUGCUGGGGUUUUUUCUGGGCUCUCCAAAUUUCCUCCCACACGAAGCCAAGCCCUGAUUAAUAGUCUUGGGAAAAACGUCUUAAUUAUAGGUUCCUCCUGAAGGACAGUAUUGAAACUCAAUAGGGUUGUUUUCUGGGCAAAUAAUUGGUGGUGUGAAUGGGAUAUUCAAAAAUACACACGGAAUAGCAUUGCUUUAUUUGUUAAUGUAUUAACACCUAACAAAUGUAUAUUAAAUAGGCAGCCAGCACACAGGGUGAUGUUUGGAUAUCAUCGCAAUGGGUGGAGUGGUGGUCCAGGGGAUCGCUCACUGCCAUAUGAACCCGACAGCCUGAGUUUGAUCAUUCUCUGUCGCCAACAUCAGUGACGAGUGAUGUCUGAGCCGGACCUCAUGAAGGGGCGGGGGAGCCCCUUCAUGAAACCUGCACGGACUGGUGAAGUAUAACCAACACGCCGUGGGGAGGCUGUCAGAAAUAGAUUAACAAAGGGCUGUAAAUUAUUAUCCUGAUCAUAUGCAAUGAUAAAUAUGUAUCGUGAGGAAAAGCAUUAAAGCUGCAACUGUG